AUGCCUGGAACUUUGCUAAUGGCUGAAGCCGAGGAAGAUCAAGUUCCAAUAGACUAUUACAAUGCUGAUCCCGUGCGACUGGCACACCCCGACCCGGCGCUGGUAGAGCAGGCAGCAAGCGUGCUGGCCAAGGCUGAGAGGCCGCUCAUCAUUGUCGGCAAAGGGGCUGCGUAUGGUCGUGCUGAGGAUGCCAUCUGCAGGCUAGUUAACAACACUAAGAUCCCGGUCUUACCUACUCCCAUGGGCAAAGGCGUAGUCCCCGACGAGUCGGAGUUCUGCGUAUCGACGGCGCGUACACAAGCGCUGCUGAAGGCUGACGUCAUCUUGCUGCUGGGUGCGCGACUCAACUGGAUGCUGCACUUCGGACAAACGCCCAGGUUCGCGCCCGAUGUCAAAGUUAUACAGGUGGACAUUUCUCCUGAAGAAUUCCACAACAGCAUCAAGUCUGAGGUAGCGGUCCACUCUGACAUCAAACCAUUCACCGAAGCACUUAUCCAAAAACUGGCCGAGAAAAAGGUUGCACUCCAGCCGAACAGCAAUGACUGGUGGCAAGCACUGAAGCAGAAACAGAAGGCUAAUACUGAAUUUGUUCUGGCACAAUCGAACGAUAAGUCGGUACCUCUUAACUACUACGCGGUAUUUAAGGCGGUGCAGGCAAAUAUUCCUAAAGACUCUAUCAUUGUGAGCGAAGGAGCUAACACCAUGGACAUCGGACGAGGUCUGUUGCUCAACAACAAGCCACGGCAUAGACUAGAUGCUGGCACUUUUGGUACAAUGGGGGUUGGCCCUGGUUUCGCCAUCGCGGCAGCAAUGUGGUGUCGUGAUUACGCUCCUGAAAAACGCGUCAUCUGCGUUGAAGGAGAUUCAGCCUUUGGAUUCUCUGGAAUGGAAAUUGAAACAAUGUUCCGGUACAAGUUACCUGUUAUAAUCGUCAUAGUAAAUAACAAUGGUAUCUACAGUGGCUUUAAUAAAGAAGUUAUGCAAGACCUGCAAUCUGGCGGCGAUGUUACUCAAUGCACACCACCCACGGCUUUAAGUGUUGAAGUCAGAUAUGAAAAAAUGAUGGAAAUAUUUGGUGAGAGUGGACAUCUUUGCCGCACAGUGGAAGAAAUUGAAGCUGCCGUCAAGAAGGCUUUGUCAGUCACAGAUAAACCUAGCAUUAUCAACAUAUUGAUUGAUCCACAAUCCAACAGGAAACCACAGACUUUCAGUUGGUUAACUGAAUCAAAACUAUAA